AUGAAUAUGUGUUUUUCACAUUUAAAAAAGCUUAGAGAAACUAAUUUAAAGAGUAUUACUCCAUUGUCUUCGACAUUGAAAUAUAUCACAAAAUGCAAGUUUAUCAAUGCUACUGGCAUAGAUUUUUCAAUACGAUCUCAGUUCCGCCAAUUUUGUAAAAAUGUACGUGUAAAGGAUGUACCUAAGGAUUUAAAUACACCAAAAAUACAAAGUGGAAUAUUUAAGAAAUUGUCGCAUAGAUAUGAUCUUUACAUAAAGAAAUAUGUAAGUUAUCACUUGUAUGGUGACAUUCCUGACCAACUUAACUAUUCAGUAUUUUUUAAAGGUUUCAAUAUGCCAGACACAUUUUAUUCUUGGUUUUUAAUCACUGAAUUACAUGUUUGGUUGUUAAUGGUACGCUUUAUGGCUGAAGGAGAAAGAGGUAAAAUUGUUAUUAAAAAUAUUGUUGAGGCCAUGUGGCAUGAUGUUGUUUUGAGAGCAGAUCUACUAGGUCCAAUACCUGGAAAAGUGAAAAGGAAAACUAUAACAGAGUUAUCACAUCAAUUUAAUGCUGCUUUGAUUGGUUAUGAUGAAGGAAUUAUGUCAGAUGACAAAGUAUUAGCAGGUGCAUUGUGGAGAAGAUUCUUUCGCUUGGAAUGUAACAAUCCAGAACAUCUCGAAACACUCGUAAUUUAUGUUAGAAAACAGACUAAUAUAUUUGAUAAAAUUCCAUCAGAUAAAGUUUUUCAUAGGUCAAUAGCACAGUGGGUAGAUUUGCAAAGCAUUAAAUGA